AUGCACGUCGCUGUCCCUGGUCAGCGCCUCGUCACAGCAGCUGGGAAGAAGAAGAAGCUCACGGCUGGACAAGGCGCGUACGAACGGGAGGGCGCGAUGUUUGCGUCGAUUGGUGGCCAGUGGCGCGUCUCCCACGACGUCGUGGAAGUCACGCGCGCUCACAAGACCGUGGCCUCUGCGCAAGUGCUGCGGCUGGGCGACAUCGUGAUCGCUCGCGUGAUUAAACUGACGUCUCGACAGGUGCUGGUGGACGUUCUAUGUGUUGAUAGAGAGACGGUUUUUCACGAGCCGUUUCCCGGGACGAUCCGACUCGAGGACGUGCAGAGUCACGACAGUGACAAACUCGUGAUGGAGGAGGUCUUUUCGCCGAACGUGCUCGUUAAGGCGGUCGUGCUCUCGUUCGGCGAUACUCGGAGCUACUUCCUCUCGACCGCGAAGCCAGGACUUGGUGUCGUGCGACAACCAGUGGCGCCAACGAGUCAAGUGACGGAGAUGGAGAUGGAAGAAAGGGCUGCACUACGCUGA